CAGUGUACAACUGUUAGGGUUGGCCGUGUCAAAAUAUUUAUCUAAUGAUAAUGCGAUAAGUGUAAAAUUAUGAGAUAAUAUUUAGUAUUGAUACAGUAAUCCGUCCGAUUGUGAUUACAUUUAAAAUAUAUUAAAGUGAAUAUUUAUGGUGUAAUAUGGCGCAGUGGGAUGUGAAUGGAAAAGUGGUGUUAGUGACUGGUGGGGCAGCUGGGAUCGGUGCUAAGUUGGUUAGAGGGUUAUUGGCCAGAAAUGCUAGGUAUGUGGCUUUCCUCGACGUAGCGGCGAAGGAGGGAGCGGCCCUGGAGGGGGAACUCUUGAACAAGUUUGGUGCUCUAAGAGUGAAGUUUAUAAAAUGCGACAUGGCUGAUGCAGACCAAGUUGACAACGCAUAUAAACAAAUCCUAGACAAAUACCGCAGACUUGAUGCUGUUGUGAACUGCGCGGCGGUUCUUAGCGAUGCUAAGAGUUCAUAUAAGACGAUGGUGGACGUGAAUUUCUGUGGAACCGUAACGAGCACAUUAAAGGCCUUUGAAAUAAUGAGGGCGGAUAAAGGGGGCGGUGGUGGAGUUGUUAUAAACGUAUCGUCGCUACACGCUUUCCAGCCAUGCUCAUAUCUGUCAGUUUACGGUGCCACGAAGGCGGCCGUGCUGCAGUUCAGCAAUUCGUUUGCGGCAGAGGAAGCGUAUACCGAGACGAAAGUUCGGGUUAUUACAGUUUGCCUCGGACCUACGGACACCGCGCUAGUCCACAAGCUAAACUUGGAAAACAGCGCGAAGGAUUCUCUCGGACUAACUUCAGGCGCGGAGCCGCAAAGAGUGGAGUCAGCGGUAACUGGUAUAAUUGAGGUAAUUCACUGCGGGGAAAACGGCACUACGUGGAUAAUCGCCAACGAUAAAGCCGCUUUAGACGUAACAAAGUCCGUGAAGCAAGGUCUUGAAAUCCUUUCGAAUGUGGCCAAAGGGCUUUAGGUUUAUGUAUACUGUUUUUAAUGAGUCUGAAAAUUUCGUGUUAUUGUUAUUGGAGUUUUAUUUUGUAUGCCUGUGAAUAUGGGCUCUUAUUUAUUUGAGUUAGUCACAACAUCGGUUAGUAUUUAUUUUAUUGGAAAGCAUGUACUUCUAUUAUUUGCAUUACGGCUUUGCGUGGUGAAUUGUGGUAAUCAGUUUUAUUAAUAACAGCACAAAAUGAACUGCUUUUCUAGAUUUCCAGCAAAAUAAAACCGUUUGAUUAAUUUUUCAUGACGUUUCUAAAACUAAAACAUUUGCAUCUUAGUUAUUAAGAUCAGCUAUGAUCAUAAAUCUAAUGUAAUGAUAUCUAUUAUCAAUUUAUAAUGAAUAUUGAAACAAUUUUAUAAUAAAAUUGUA